UGUUGAAAGGUGAGGACUGUGUCACUGAGGGCUGGAAGAUGAUUUGGAAGACUCUUUCCUUUGAAUGCUAUUUAGUAAAAUGAACUGAAUUUUCUUUUUUCAAAAGAAUAAACACUCUUUAUUCUUCAAUGCUUUGACACUCAUAUAUUUAUACACAGAUGGAAAACUACACGUACAACAGCCUCACUCUGCAGCUCGAGGGGUUAAGGGUCACCAAGACUAACAAGUACCCCAUGUUCAUCUUUCUGCUUUUGAGCUACGUUUUCAUCUUGGUUGCCAACGUGGGCAUUGUGGUGCUGAUAUGGACGGAGAGAAGCCUCCACCAGCCGAUGUAUCUCCUCUUCUGUAACCUGUCCAUUAAUGAUGUUGUAGGAAACACUCUCCUGGUUCCUCGGCUGCUUGCAGACAUCCUGGUGCCUCCGUCAGAGCGCCUCAUUCACUACUACGAGUGUGUGAUGCAAGCUUUUACUGCACACAUGUUUGGCACUAACGCACACACAUUCCUCAUGAUUAUGGCAUUUGACAGAUAUGUGGCCAUCUGCAACCCACUGCGCUAUUCAACCAUAAUGAACCACAAAAUGGUGAUCAAGCUGACAGUUUCUGCCUGGGGAGUGGGGUUUGUUUUGAUCGGGAUUCUACUCGGUCUGACCAUACGGCUGAACCGAUGCAGGACUAUGAUCGCAAACACUUUCUGUGACAAUGCCUCCUUGUUUAAGCUCUCCUGUGAGAAUGUGUUCAUUAAUAAUGUCUAUGGUCUCACUUUCACUGUAGUCCUGUUCGCAGGAUCUAUAGGCAGCAUGGUUCUCACCUAUACUAAGAUUACAGUGGUCUGUCUGACCAGUAAGAACAAGUCUUUAAACAGUAAAGCCUUGAAGACCUGCAGCACUCACCUGUGCCUGUAUAUGAUCAUGUUAGUCAGUGGGUUUGUCCCCAUCGCCCUCCAUCGCUUCCCCCAGUAUGCAGAGUACAGGAAGAUUUCAGCUAUUCUCUUUAAAAUUGUUCCCGGCAGCCUCAACCCCGUCAUCUACGGCCUUCAAUCCCAAGAAAUACACAAGUGUUUGUCAAAUAUAUUUCAUAUCAGAAAAGUUAAGCCGACAAUUUAACUCCAGAGGGUUUUAUCUGAAACAUGAAAAUUGAGUUUGGUUCAGUGUCAAAAAGAGAAAAUUUUAACAGUAAUAAAAGAAGAACUGUGAUGAUAACCGUAAUAAUUGACUGAAAUUGUAAGACUUUUUGCCUUAAAUUUACAGUUUCUUACUGUAUUAGUUUGGUUUAAUUAGUGUGCGUACUGCUCUAAAACUGCAUGAAAGAGGAGAAAAGAAUCAAACAGAGAAAAGAAAAAUAAACAGGAAGUUUAUUGAGGUCUAGUUUUUCUUGUGUUGUACUGUCACAUUUUUCUGUUGUAAUAAAUAUUUAAAAAGGAACUGCAUAAGUUAUUAUUACUAUUAUUAUUACAGUAACAUUCUUUAAAUACAGGAAUCACUGUAAAACCUUUCACAUACUGUAAAUAUACAGACAUUUACUGACAAAACUGUGACCAGUACUGUGUAGUGAAUUUACAAGAAUACAGUAGUAAACUGUAAUUUUAUUUCUAGUAACACUGUAAUUCUAAAAUACUGUAAGAAACAGUAAAUCAAGGACAGAACUUUGCUGGCUAAGCUGAAGUUAAUUACUGUAAAGCCUUUAAUGUCCUAUAGUUUUAUGAAUAUGAUAAAAUGGAAGUUGUCAUGAAACUGUGAAAGAUGAAAAAUGUGAGACUGUGUUGAUCCUGUAUAAAUAUAAUCAAGAUUUUUACCUCAAAUGUCAUUAAAAAUGAUUAAAGUUUUCCAAAAAUGUUA